AUGGACGCUAGACCCCAGCGUCUCAAAGUCCACAUCGGUGGCAACGAGAAUGCCAUCCCUUCGAAGCACGAUUCCCUUCAUCAGCAACACAAGUCAACAGGCAACCUCAUGUCUCGCAACGGCGGUGGUCUGCAGGCCGCUGCUAAGCGGACCGCAUUCGGCGAUGUCAGCAACGUUGCGAAAAACCUCGCAGCUCUGCCUACCGACCAGCUACCUGGCAAAGGCAAGGGCGCCGCCGAAUUUGCCUACAACAAGGAGAACGCCGCAACCGGCAAAGAUGGCUUCUCACGACCUGCUCAGCGGGUCCCAGCGCUGAACAGCAAGAAUGGCCCUGUUGCCACAGAAUGGAAGCAGCCGAGAACCACGGUCCGCAAUGAUUCACAAACGACGGCGACGCAGAACAAACAGGUUGCAAAGAGGGCAUCCACGGCUCAGCUUUAUGAGUCUCGCCCGUCCAAGAGUAAAUACGUUGCUCAGGAUCCAGUUGUGCCCGCGGCCUCGAGCAAGCAACCUCGCCAUCACAAGUCUCAGCCUCAGCUUAAGAAGGAGCCUGCAGCGCAUGUUCUGCGACGUACGCAAAGCAAGUUGUCCACAGUACCGACGAACUCGGCCCCUGCCGCCGAGACGUGGAAGCCGAUGGAUGAUGUGACGGAAGCCGCCUACGAGGACGCUGUCGAGCACAUCGGUGACGAGCAGUACCACGGUCCUUAUCACAGACGCUCGCUGGACGUGGCAGACGAAGACAAUGACCUGCAGAAGGCUAUUGCCCUCUCCGAAGGAAAUGCUGAGAAGCAUGCCAUGGAGCAGCUUGCGGAAUCAGUGGGUGCUCCGACCAUGUCUGAGCCAGAGGAGUACUGGGACGAGGAAGAAGAGGAGGAGCUUUACGACGACCCGGGAUACACGACUGCUCACUCUUACCGGUCCCGAGGCGAUCUCACCACCGGCGGCGCAACCACUGUGCUCGCGCCUAAGAUUACCGACAAGGUCGAGCAAGAGUUGGAGACCGCCCGUGCCAUUGUCGAGAGUACCCGUACCCAAGAGGAGGUCGACGACGAGGUCUGGGAUGUCUGCAUGGUUGCAGAGUACGGAGAAGAUAUAUUCGAGUACAUGAGGGAGCUCGAGAUGAGAAUGUUGCCCGAUCCUCACUAUAUGGACCACCAGGCCGAGAUACAGUGGUCCAUGCGCUCCGUCUUGAUGGAUUGGCUUGUCCAGGUCCAUCACAGAUUCGGUCUGCUGCCAGAGACCCUGUUCCUGACGGUCAACUACAUCGAUCGCUUUCUUUCAUACAAGGUUGUGUCGAUUGGAAAGCUCCAGCUUGUUGGUGCUACCGCAUUGCUCGUGGCCUCCAAGUACGAAGAGAUCAACUGCCCAUCGCUGCAGGAGAUCGUUUUCAUGGUGGACAAUGGUUACAAGGUGGACGAGCUCCUCAAGGCGGAGCGGUUCAUGCUCAGCAUGUUGAGCUUCGAGCUGGGCUUCCCUGGACCCAUGAGCUUCCUGCGCCGCGUCAGCAAGGCGGACGAUUAUGAUCUCGAGACGCGCACGUUGGCAAAGUAUUUCCUGGAGGUGACCAUCAUGGAUGAGCGUUUCGUUGCAAGCCCGCCCAGCUUCCUUGCCGCAGCUGCGCACUGCUUGUCUCGCCUGAUCCUGAAGAAGGGUGACUGGACUCCUGCGCAUGUCCAUUACUCUGGCUACACAUGGGGCCAGCUAAGGAACCUGGUUACCAUGAUCCUCGAGUGCUGCCACUCCCCGCGCAAGCAUCAUCUUGCUGUCUUCGAAAAGUACUCAGACAAACGGUACAAGCGCGCUGCCGAGUAUGUCCAAACCGAAAUCAGCAAGGGCUUCACACUUCCGUACCGCCACUCCACCGGCCGGGCUUCAGCCCUCGACUUUGGCGAGCUUGACGGCAACAUCAACCAGCCUCACCAUGUCAAGGCGAUGGUCGAGCUCCAGAGCUAG